AUGAGCACGUUACUCUCUUUUCAGCGGACGUUGCCGACUACGGGCUACAACCUCACCACAUCGAAGCAAUCGGUUCAAGAAGUGUAUGUUGAAGAAGCGGGACGGGCUUGUUUCCUCGGAGCGCCUAACUCGGGCGAUGGCUUUGGGGUGUGCUAUUCAGACAACGUACCUGUCGUCGACGACAGAUACCAAGACUCGAUUUCGGAGGUGAUGCUUUUCAAGACCGAUGCGAACGACUUUGACGUGAUCGUGUACGACAACGAAUACUACAAUGAGCGCGACAAUUCUCUGGCGAACGAGGGUGCUGUUGGGCUCCAACAGCGCUUCACUGGCUUCAGCAAGAUCCUCAAAAGGGGCCCAAAAUCCCUUGUAGAGCGAAGGCAGGAACCAUGCCGAAGCAGCAUCCGCUCAAUCAAGUUUGUUCGCUGGGAGAGAGGAAGACUAGGACGUCACGUCCAGUUCACUCGCUCCGGCGUUGUAGAUGCACAGCUUGGUGAACCGAUCGGUUGA